GGGACGGGGAGUGGCAAUUCGACGACAGUGUGGUGUAAAGGAAUCAUUAGCCAUGGAUGUAUUCAUGAAAGGACUUUCAAAGGCCAAGGAGGGAGUUGUGGCUGCUGCUGAAAAGACCAAACAGGGUGUGGCAGAAGCAGCAGGAAAGACAAAAGAGGGUGUUCUUUAUGUAGGCUCCAAAACCAAGGAAGGAGUGGUUCAUGGUGUGACAACAGUGGCUGAGAAGACCAAAGAGCAGGUGACAAAUGUUGGAGAGGCAGUGGUGACAGGUGUGACAGCAGUAGCACAAAAAACAGUGGAAGGAGCAGGGAAUAUUGCCGCUGCCACUGGCUUUGGCAAAAAAGAUCAGAUGGGCAAG